UGCUAGACCAAUCAUCAGUUGCUACCACAAGAAUUAUCAGAACUAAACAAACUAGUUAUAUAAUCAGAUAACACGUCAGACUUCAGUGGAUUAUCGUACUUGAUUUUAACGCCUAGUCCACACAAGGAAGGUUGAAUAUGGAGGGAGAUGAAAUGGACGUAGAUUGGGUCCCAACACAAGAACGGGGCGAUCCGUUUCCUUUGUCAAAACCUCUGACAGAUUAUCAAAUAAAAAAUGUCGCAGGAGGUUAUGUUUUUGAAGUUACAGAUAUCGAUAGGCUCCACAGAUUUUUGUGUCUGGGAACAGAGUUGGGAUACUAUAAAGCGAAUUCACAGCAUAGAAAAUUCUCAAGAUCUGAAGUUCAAGCAAUAGACAGGUUGAUUCAAGCAGAAAGAGGUCAUGAAGUCGUUAGAUGUAUUAAAGAUGUAAGCGUUCGAGGAAGAGCAUGUAAACAGAACCCAACAUUGUAUGCCCUAGCAGUUUGUGCAAGAUCCAAUGACCCGCGCACAAAGCAUGCUGCCUACAGCGUACUCAACGAGGUGUGUCGUAUACCUACUCAUCUGUUUCAGUUUAUAAAAUAUUGUGAAGAAAUGAGCGGACAUGAAACUGGAUGGGGAAGAGCACACCGUAUAGCAAUCAGUAAGUGGUACAAACAAUUCGUUGAAGUAGGUCUACAUGCUCGUAAAACCCCAUUGAAGCUUGCUUAUCUUGUAACAAAAUAUCGACGACGAUUUAAAUGGAGCCACAAAGAUGUCAUACGGCUAUCCCAUACCCGGUCGAAACAUAAAGCAAUAAAGAUAAUUUUGCAAGACGUGCUUGGUAAACAAAUGGAAGUGACUGAUUCUAGGGAAUCUUCCGAUGUCAAAGAAUUUCUUCUUGCGGUAAAAGAAGCGAAACGUUGCAGCAUCGAUAACAAGAAAGAUGAAGACAAGUUAUGUCAAUAUAUCGCCCUUCAUGAGUUGAGUUGGGAGCAUGUUCCUAACAAGUUUCUCAAACAUAGUGUUAAAGUUUGGGACGUUCUUUCUCGGUUGAUGCCUAUGACAGCUAUGAUUCGGAAUCUUGGUAAAAUGACGAGUAUGGGUAUGCACGAUGAUAAACCAGGGGCUACUCAUUGGGUGGAUCAUGUAGUAAGUAGACUUGAUGACGAUGACGAGUUAAAACGUAAUCGUAUCCAUCCAUUGACAUUACUGAUUGCUAUGAAGCAUUACGAAAAGGGAGCUCAGAGAAAUAACAAAAUAUCAUGGGAUCCUAAUCCUAGAAUCAUAGAGGCUCUGUCCAAAGCUUUCAUCAGAAGUACAAGAAUACAACAACCUGACAAAAUGAAGUAUUUGAUGGCUGUAUCGGUAGGCGAGAACAUGCAAAAACCUAUCUGUGGGUCUACGAUAACAGCUGGGGAAGCAGCAGCAGCAAUGGUUUAUUCUACCAUUCAAACACAAGAUGUGGAAGUGAUCCUGUUCACAAACAGAAUUGAAGAAGCUUUUACCGCCACUAUCACAAAGGCAGAUAACUUAAAAUCUAUUGAACAGAAGAUAUAUGAAAUACCGAAAGAAACUAAAUCUAAAUAUAUAAAGCAAGACUUGUCAGUCCCCUUUAUAUGGGCGGCAUCAAGGAAAAAGAAAUUCGAUGCCAUUAUGGUUUUCACUGAUUCGAUAACAAGUUGUGGAUUUAUCCAUCCAGCAGAAGCUUUAAAAAUGUAUACAGAGUACGUGACAAUUCCUGACUACCGAUUCGUUGUCGUUGCUAUGACCAGCGAUAAAUAUUCUGUUGCUGCUCCUGACAGCGUGCACAACUUAGAUGUCGUUGGAUUUGAUACCUCGACACCUGACAUUAUAAUGAAUUUCGUUUUGAACUUGAAACAAAGACCCAUGGAAGAGGACAUACGUUGGCAUGAUGAUGACGAUAUACUUUAAAAAUAAUGUAGACACCUCGGCAAAUAUGGAAGCGUUUACACUUACAAUUAUAUUUUCUGAGUAUAGACAAACAAGUGCAAAUGAAAACGUUAUAAGGCAUCUUACCACCUUAUGCAUGCUUUAAAAAUAAAACCUCAUUUUAACUUUCUGACAGUUUCAUAUCAAGCUCCAUGCAUGCCUUAAAACUUUUAAGGAGUAUAGAGUUUCUUUCGUAGUUAGAGGUUACAAUAUUUGUCAAUACGUUAUGAUCAACCAUCAUACAUAGUGAUACAUGUAAGAAUUUUUGCUAUUACAAGUGCCAUAACGCCAAUCUGAAGUAUUAUCAUGAUUUUAAUUAACUAACCAGCUUACCAAAGGGAAAGGGAAGAACAUUAUACUUUUCAAAUUGUUCGAUGGCCAUUUUUAAGUAUGCUGUAUGCAAAAGGACCUCUGGUAAAAUAUACUGUCAGUGAAUGUAUGUUAACACUUAAUUCAUUAUUUAAAAUCAUCUAUAAAGGGAUAUUCCAAUGUUUGCUGUUAAGGUGACUCUUUAGCGCAACGUGUAAAUGCUUAAGAUCUUCCGCUUAAAACAGUUUUCACGGGACCGUAUAUAGACAUUCUUUUUUCUGGAUUCAUGAAUAAGGGGUUAAAUUCUUAAUGCCAUCCUCGAGUACGUUUUAUAAAAUGAUGUAUUGUACAAACAUGAUAAAGUAAAGAUGUACUAUUCAAUUAUUUAAUAUUAGUUUUCAGAGAUUCAAAUAGCAAUAUCCGAUAUUAAAUCAAACAUUCAAACAAGUACCAACAGGAAAAUGGUUUCUUCAAUGCAGAACUCGAUGCAUAAGUUAUUACAGGAAAAACUUAUCUCGAAGUUAGAUUUCUGAACUGAUAAGCUUCUUUGGAAAAUUGAUGUCACGUUUCAUUGAAAUGUUUUUGAACUAGUCGGAGUAUAUCAAAUUACUUACUUUUUCCGCAUUAGUACCCUUAAUUUUAUCAAGAUAUAUAGUUUAGUGGGGUUUUUUUAAUACUGCAUACUGGAAACUAUGAAAAUUUAGCAAUUAUUGCAAUUAUUUAGGAUUUUCAAUUUAAAUAUUAUAUAACGCUAUAGACAAGAUUUGCAAUUUUGCUAUAUGCCGAAUCAGCACACAAGGCUACGACGCGACGAAAUGCCUUCAAAACAGUAAUGUACUUAGUAUUGGUGGGAAAAAAAUCAGUAAACAAUUAUUUUCGAUGUUGAACUACAUUUGUGCAAUUAGACAUGUAUUGCAAAAACGGGUUAAACUUUUUAGAUUAACUUCCAAUGUACCAUGUGGUAGUAAAUAAUAUGAAAAGUGCAAAAUGUGUGACACAAUAAUAUAUAACUACUUUAGUAUACGAGAAUAUUUAAAUACGUGUUAUAUUGAACAACACACUGUCAGAAACUAACCACGGAUGUAAUUUUAAUUAUAUAGCCCAAAUGUAUUUAAUAUCGGCGAAAAUAAUUGAUACCAAAAUAAUAAAAUGCGAAAACGGGAAGAACAAAUUUUCACGAGUAUCAACAGAUUUGUUACAAAUAGUAAGAACCACCAAAGUAAAACAUUUUGUGAAUUUUGAUUCCGUUUAGACGUAUAAAAUGAAGUCAUGCUUUUUUAUAUGCCUGAAUAUCUUGUUGAUUUUGGUGCAAGGUAGUAUUUGCGCAUUUAGUAAGAUAUGGAAGACAUUAUCCAGGCCAACCCAUAAUUGUAUCACAACUUUUAUGUAUAUUAUAAGGAAACGACCAUUUAACUUUAAAAGGGUGUGUGUGUUAUGAUAACGAAAUUAAAGAGACACAUAUUCUUUCAAGGACAAAACAAUAUUCUGAAGAUUUCCCUUAUACCAUAUAGUGUUGAAUUUAAAAUAAAAAUAUCUGACUGAUUUCGUUGUAAAAAAAACAUAAUAUAAUUGUUCGCACAAAGCGCGAAAAGAAUUCUGACUC